CCGGCUCGGCCCCCGGGGCCAAAGGCCUUCUAGGUCACCUGGGAGCCUCCGCCCAAUGGGACUGAGCAGACCUGAAGCAGAGGAGGUGGCGCCCGGGACCAAGGUGCGGAUGUUAAAGGGAGAAGAGGAUGGCGUUGUCGAGCCCUGACGCCCCCUGUUCCUGCGACUGCUUUGUCUCCGUACCCCCAGCCUCCGCCAUCCCAGCCGUGAUCUUUGCCAAGAACUCGGACCGACCCCGGGACGAGGUGCAGGAGGUGGUGUUUGUGCCAGCAGGCACUCACACCCCUGGGAGCCGGCUUCAGUGCACCUACAUUGAGGUGGAACAGGUGUCGGAGACACAUGCUGUGAUCCUGAGCCGCCCUUCUUGGCUGUGGGGAGCUGAGAUGGGUGCCAACGAACAUGGUGUCUGCAUUGGCAACGAGGCCGUGUGGACUAAGGAGCCAGUUGGGGAGGGGGAAGCCCUACUGGGCAUGGACCUCCUCAGGCUGGCUUUAGAAAGGAGCAGCUCUGCCCGGGAGGCCUUACGUGUGAUCACAGGCUUGCUGGAGCGCUAUGGGCAGGGGGGCAGCUGUCGGGAGGACCCCUCACCAUUCUGCUACCACAACACAUUCCUGCUGGCUGACCGGGCCGAGGCGUGGGUGCUGGAGACGGCUGGGAAGCUGUGGGCUGCACAGAGGAUCCAGGAGGGGGCCCGAAACAUCUCCAACCAGCUGAGCAUUGGCACAGACAUCUCGGCUCAACACGCGGAGCUUCAGGCCCAUGCCCGGGCCCAGGGCUGGUGGAGCGGGCAGGGCCCUUUUGACUUUGCUCAGGUCUUCUCCCUGACCCAGCAGCCCGUGCGCAUGGAGGCUGCCAAGGCCCGCUUCCAGGCUGGGCGGGAGCUGCUGCAGCAACAGCAAGGAGCCAUCACAGCAGAGGUGAUGAUGGGCAUCCUCAGGAACAAGGAGAGUGGCAUCUGUAUGGACUCCGGAGGCUUCCGCACCACAGCCAGCAUGGUGUCUAUCCUGCCUCAGGAUCCCACGCAGCCCUGUGUCCACUUCCUCACGGCCACACCGGACCCAUCCAGGUCAGUGUUCAAACCUUUCAUCUUUGGGGUGGGGGUGGCCCAAGCCCCCCAGGUACUGUCCCCCACUUUUGGAGCACAGGACCCUGUUCGGACCCUGCCCCGAUUCAAGACUCAGGUGGAUCGCCGGCACUCCCUCUACCGUGGACACCAGGCGGCCCUGAGGCUGAUGGAGAGUGAGCAGGAUCUGGGACAGCAGCUCCAGCAGAAGCAGCAGGAUCUGGAGCAGGAAGGCCUGGAGGCUGCUCAGAGACUGCUGGCUGGCAAGUGGACCCCAACCCCCCAGGAGCUGGGUGGCCUCUUCCAGGCCUUCGUGGAGAGGGAGAGCCAGGCCUAUGCCUAAGUACUGCAGCUCCUCUUAGCCUCGGGCAGGGCACAUGGGACCCCUAGGGGCCAACUGCCCUGAGCUAGGGUGGUGGGAUCAGAGCAAUCCCUUCACACCCCUCAGGCGUGUUUUGAGUGGCCAGCUCGGCCUUUGCCUUAAUAAAUGUGUUUUCUUUCCUUGUUCAGUGAA